AUGCAACGGAAAGAGGAGGGAAACGGAACAAGAAAAUCAGCAAAUGAUUUGAGUUUCCCUCUAACAGGAGGCAAAGAAAGAGGCAAAAUCUCUCUCUCUCUCUCUCUCAUCAAACGAAUCAGAAACAUCAAUUCCUCUGAGCGAUGAAGUUCAAGGCAUUGGUAACGGACAACGGAGUGAACCUAUUGGAGAAGAGGUUCAUCCCAGCGCUCGAGAAAACGGGAAAAGUGUGUCACCUUUAUCUCACAAAGGACCACGCAAUCUUCCUUCACAAUCUUCUCAACGGCGAUGGCAUUCAAUCCAUCGCGCAGUUCCGCAAGCAAGUGCUCUUCAGCGACUACCGCAUCUCAAGCCAAAACGACGACCGUAUCGCCUUCGCCAUCGACCUCUCCCUCCUCCUCCGCGCACUCCGUAGCGCCGUCGCCGUCUCCUCCGAAUACGCCGCUGCCGCUUCGUCUCCCAACAAACUACAGAUUAAGCUCGUCAAAAAGCUUCCACCUAAUUGCACGCAGCCAAUGCCAUUUCUGACCUUCGAAACGCGUGGAUAUAAAUCCGCUGUUAUUCAAGAUAUCCCUAUCUCUAAGCCGUUGUCGCGAGCUCAGGUUCUCGAGCUUCAAAGUGCUCUUGAUAUGGCUCAAGAUCUUCCUCAAACACUCGUUCAGGUGCCUGAUUUGAACCAAUUGCUAAAUUUUGUCGAUCGGAUGAAGCAGGUGGGCGAUGUGGUGAAUGUGUUCAUAAAUAAGUAUGGGGAUUUGAGUGUGCAGGUUUCAACCACACUGAUCAGCCUGGGUGCUGAAUUUAGGAACCUGUUGGUGAUUGGAGAUCGAGCAAAUGCUCCUGCUGAAGAUCAAAAUCUCAGUGCUCAGACGCGAUCCUCAAGGUCCAUUUCGAGAGGGGAUGCGCAAUCUGUGCAGGUUAGUGUGAAGCAUUUUGCCAAGAGCCUCCAGUGUCACUUGGCCAAACCAGAUUGUGCUUUCUAUGGGAUUCCUCCGCAGGGCAGUUGCCUGACUGUGAUAUUUCAGUUCUUCAUUCCGGGGUCUCGCCAGACUGAUAAAUCAAUCAGCUUGCAUUGCAGGCUUCCUGUUCUUGACCCUGGUUCUGGUUAAACCCCAACAGUCUUCUAGUCAUGUGGUAAGUUCUUUUUUUUAUAAGCUUAGAAAUUCAGUUGAGAAAAUGUCAUCUUGAUUGAUGUUUAUAACUACUGCUGGGAUAAGAUUUUUACUAGAAUAUCAUGAUAGUUUCUUGUAUGUAUGGUAAGGACGUUGUCAUUGCAUCUAAUAUGUAUGAUAAUGAUAUAGUUGAGUAAUGUGACAGAUAUAAGGCUACAAAGUUGUCUUAGUUACCCUGAUGUGCAAGACAGAUGAAGGUAAAGAAGCAAUUAGGUUAUUGAAGUGUUGUUUUUUUCAAGUCAGAAUGAUAAUGCGAAAU